AUGGAAAUGGGAAAAGCAAAACAAAACCAGGGAGGUCACACUGAGCUCACAUUUCCUGCCCAUGCUCUUACACAAGUAAAAGAGGUUCCUAAAAGCCUGAUUCAAACCUCCGGCAGGAUGGGAACUGCCCGCAGUAGAGAAGAAGCUCCUCUGCCUGGAAUUGCCUGGAAUGAGUAUUUAAGCAAUUUUAAACGUGGGACCGCAACAGGCAGCCACUUCUCAAACGCAACUUCAAAGGUGGCAACAACCGCUGCCACCUUGUUGGAUGCUGCCAAUUCGAGCGACUAUCCUUAUGAGUACUUGGACGAGGAGGAUUACAUGCAGUAUGGCCUCUGCACAAAAGAAGAGGUAUUCUCCUUUAGCAGCGUAUUCUUGCCAUCUUUUUACACUGUGGUCUUCCUGGUCGGGUUGGCUGGAAAUGUCCUCCUGUUUAUUGUCCUCAUUAUGUACAUCAAGAAGAAGAAGAAGAUGACCGAGGUGUAUCUGCUGAAUCUGGUGGUUUCAGACUUCUUCUUGCUACUAACCCUUCCCUUUUGGGCUCUGUACAUUUCUCAGUGGGUGACCUGGGACAUACUGUGCCCGGUCUUAAAUGCCAUGUACACUGUGAAUUUCUACAGUGGUAUCUUUUUUGUGAGCUGCAUGAGUCUGGACAUGUAUCUGCAGAUAGUUCACGCUUGCUCUCCUCGCAGCUUCAUGACAUGGAGGAAGUCCAUCCUCGUCGUCUUGGUGGUAUGGGUCCUUUCCAUACUCCUCUCCAUUCCUGAUGGCCUUUUCACCAGCACAAGACAAAUCCACAACAAAACCAUCAUGUGCACCCAUUAUUAUGGCCAGAAACACUUAUUUUGGAAAGUUGUCUUUCGGGUCAUUCAAAACACCCUGGGUUUCCUUUUUCCCUUCCUCUUCAUGAUGUUCUGCUAUUCCCGCAUAGCGUGUGUCCUCACCAUGUCUCAGAUGCCUGGCUCAAGGAGAGCACUCUGCUUAGUCUUUACUCUGGUGGGUGUCUUCUUUGUCCUGUGGUCCCCUUACAACAUUGUCCUCAUCCUUCACUCCCUGCAAGAUGUCGGUGUGAUCAGGAGCUGUGAAAGCAGUAGGCAAUUGGACUAUGCCAUGCAGAUCACGGAGAGUUUGUCCUUUGUCCACUGCUGUCUCAACCCCUUGCUCUAUGCUUUUGUGAAGAAACGAUUCAGGUUAUAUUUACGGAAGAUUCCUUGGGCCAUUUUCAGGAGAAGCGCUUUCUUUGACAUCCAACCCUCAGAGACAAGCCAGUCUUACAGCAGAUAUGCAGUUCAGAUAGAAAUGUUGAGUAUCACAAAUGCAUGAUAAAUAUUUACGUUGUUUACAUUAUGCGUAUGCCCUCUAUGCUAUA